AUGACAUCCACACUAUUGAGUACGCUCGCCCUGGAGGUGAAUCAGCUCGACUCUAGUGGCAAGGAAAGCCUCAACGCACUACUAGAGGACUCCAAUAGCUUCUUACAACAGUUGAGGGAUUUGGAAUCCGAUUUGGAGUCGGAAAUAACUGUGGAGCAAGGGGAGCCACAAGUGCAAAACGGAAACACACAUCCAUCGUCCACGGAUCAAACCGGCAAGCUUCUGAAGCACAUGGAUUCGUGGUAUAAAUCUUCAAUAAGUCGACUCAAGAACUACAACACAAGCAAUAAUCGGUUCCUGAAGAAUGUGUUAAACAAUAGCAAGUUUGCUGUCAACUUGGACGAUGCAUACAUAUACCCAUUGAAUAUGGACAGUUAUCCCACUGGUGAGUUCAAUCUUGAUAAAUCGUUGAAUGAAGUAGGAUUAGGCCCAUUGAACCAGAUUCCACUGGAGUUGGAAAACAGAAGCACAAAACAGGAGAAUCGACAAGAGUUGAUCAAAGCUAUAAUUUUGCAUUUGCUAAAAAUUGGGCAAAGCAAUAUUGUCCCGUCCAUGGUAAAACAAUUGUUGAAUGAACUGACAAUAUCAAUUGACGAUGACUUGGCGGAAAAGUUCAAGUUGCUUAAUCAGAUUGUUGAUGACAUCUGCAUUAGGCACGACUUGUCUCAUGCUUUGGCUUGGUUUCAAACUAAAUUCAAUGAACAGGCAGUCAAGAAGGUACCCUUUGUUGAGAGAAGUGAUACUUUAAGUGAGGUCGAGUUCAAGUUUCACAUGCUUCAGUUUAUUAUUUUACUAAACGGGAAAGAUCUGAAGUUCACAGCAAGUAAUGCAUUAGAGGCAUAUUUUUACUCAAGAGAUCACUUUGGUAAGUUUUUGAAGGACUAUUUGAAUGAGUUGGCACCUUUGAUGUCAUUGAUUCUUUUCAACUCGGUUUCCGGUAUAGAGAACUUUUCACUGCAAAAGCACACAGAAACUGGUAUAGGCAACUUCAUUGAAAAGCUAAAACAGGGGUUCGCUAUAGAAGCUGACGAAGUGCUUGGUAACGGUCGUCAAAGCGAAGCAGAGUUUGUUUCCGAGUUGCUCAACAGUUUUAACAAUGUUCACGACAAUGAAGAAUUAUUUGCCAAUUUGUCUCAUGAUUUUGUUGCCGAAUACUGCAAGGAUUUGAAGUUGUCGAGUGACUCUUCUUUAUUCCAAAGUGUACUAGCUGGCCACAUAUUCUUGCCUAGCUUUUACAAGUACAAUCUGAUUGAGUUGAAAAUGAAGAAGUUUAAUGACAAAUCGAAGUCAACUCCAUCGGAGAAAGGUAUCACCAAGAGUAGUAUUGCGUCAUUUCAUUUUGAGUUACCGUUUCAAUUGCCGGAUUCGAACAGGUAUUUGUUUCGAAAUCACCCCAUAUUCAUAUGUCCAGUUACACGAGAGCAAUCAAUUCCCCUUUCUGAGGUCACAGAGGAAUCGAUUACAGUUGAUACUGAUCCAAAGGGACAGCUUGUUACGAGAAAAAGGAAGACGGCACUUGACAACCCUUUAAAUACACAAGUGGUUGCAUUAAAGUAUUGCAAUCAUUUGACAUUGAAGGAGAGUGUCUGGCACCUUUCUAAGAAGGGAAUUGAUGUUUUCAAAUGUCCCUAUUGUUAUAAGAAGCAUAAGUUUACGGAUACGAUAGAUACAUACUUUAUAGAUAUGUAG